AAAGUCUAACUGUCGAACAAGCCAAAAUCUCCGGGAUACAUUGCGCCUGCCGUGCCACAUACUUAGUAUUUUCCGUGUGCGGCUACUUUGAAUCCUUCAUAUGCAGCCUACCGUUCAGCUGAUCUGACAUGGCAAUCCCCCCAUUUCAUUAUGCAGGUUACAUCCCGCAUGAGUGCCAACUCAUUAUAUAUAAGCACAGAGUAUUAUGUCAAACUUUUUGCUUUCCUUCUUUCUAUCUAUUACUUUUGACCAACCAAUCCUUUACUCUACGCUGAAUCAUUCAGUACACCACCGCAUUCCCCUUUUCAUCAUUCCAGCAGACCUUUGGCCAUGACUCGGCUAAAUUCCUCUCCAAUACUGCUCGUCAUUGACAUGCAAAAUGGCUUUUGUCACCCAUCUGGAAGUUUCAGCAAAGUUGGGAUUCCAAUCCUUCGACAAGCCGCCAUUGUCCCUGUUAUAAAACGUCUCAUCGAUCUUUGUCACAGCACCGGCAUUCCAGUCUUUUACACACGCAUGGAGUUUAGCGAAGAUUUUUCCGAUGCCGGUAUAAUGAUUGAUAGCAAGCCGGGGCUCAAGCAAGCAAAAGCUCUUGUUCGAGAGACUUGGGAUUCGCAGAUUCUUGAUGAUCUUCGACCGGAACCCUACGAUGGCGUUGUGUCUAAACAGCGACAUUCUGCGUUUUUCGGCACAGAUUUCCAUCGAGUUUUGUCAGAGCGGGGGAUCGAUCAAAUUAUUGCGACCGGAGUAGCGACAAAUAUCUGUGUUGAAUCUACAGUGCGUGACGCGUGGAUGUACGGUAUCCAGUCUUUGACUGUGCAGGAUGCUACCGAUACGUUAAGUGAGAAGGAAUAUUUGGCCUCCAUAAUCAACUUGCAGCAUUUUGGAGGCACUAUUUCUUCACGGGAGCUAGAGGAGGAAUUCGAGAAGUGGAGUUUGCUCAAUGGGUCUAAUUCAUCAGGACACACGAAGGAUGUAAAGGAAGGAAGUUUUGUUGUGUAAUAUCUACUUCCCAUCAUCUUUACCACCGUCUCAUAAACAUAUUUACACGU